AUGGCGGAAGCCAACCGCCUCUCCAACGCAGACUUCCUCUCUCGCCUCGCCGACCUCUUCGCCUCCACCCACACCGCCAACCACGGCUCCGUCUUCCUCACCCAGAAACCCUACAACCCAAACUCCUUCACCUCAGACGCCGAUGCAGACACAACCUCCGACGAAACCGAACAGCCGCCCUCAUCUCAACAGAUACUAGUCCGCGCAACCAACGGUCUCUCCUCCAAGCCACGCCAUGGCGUGAAAAAGUCCCCCGCGAAGACGAAGCCGAAAGUGAAGAUCAGCACGGUGGUUGACGCCGGCGAAGUAGAGGGCUUCUUUGCGCGGUACGCAGAUGUGUGCAAGGGAGGCAUGCAGGGGUUGCGGAAGCGGGAUCGGAAGAAGGGCAAGAAGAAGGCGAAGGGAAAGGGAGGGAAAUGA